AUGUACUGCACCAAAGAUUGCUCUUGCAGUUUAUGUCGUGAGCUGAGAGCCUAUAAGCUAAGCAGCACCAAAAAGAAAAUGCCUCCAGCAACAACAUCUACAACAACAACAACAACAUUGGGUCUACAAUCCACAAAUAAUGUUCAUAGUACACCAAGUUCCCUAUUGGGUAGAAUGCUCAAUGAUAAUUUCAUAUUACGACGCCGGGGCAUUUCGUUGAAGAACUUUCAACCACAAUCGCUGAGGAAUAGUGAAAUGUGUCAGCAAUUGUCAGUGAGGCCACGCCCCACACAAACACCAUCGCCCACACCGAUUGAAGAGUUGCCCGAUUUGGAGGAGUCGACAAAACCCAAUCAUAAGGUGGUCAUCUAUUUUGGUGACUCAAUAAAUCGUCAGCAACCUUCACCAAAAGAUUUGCACUCUCAACUCUUGCAAGAGAUGUCCCAGAAACUGAAGGUCCAAGAUCCAGGCGAUCCAGUUAAAGCGACGUUGAAUCUGGCUGGGGAGCAGGUGGGAAACGAUCAUCAGUUGUUGGUGGUGGCUGCUGCUGAUGAACUGCCGCCCUACAUUGAGAGCGUGCAGAAUGGUGUAAUUAAUAUCAAAAUUGAAGGCAAUUACCGGCGAGCCAGUGCUCUAGUGGAAACGGUGGCAAAGCCAACUUUAGCCGUUGUCAGUCCAACGAAAUUCGAUUCUGCCCAAGCUGCUGCUGAUGUUAAUGACGAUGACGAUGAUGAUGAUGAUGAUGAUGAUGAUGAUGAUGAUGACGACAAUCACGUUGAAGAAGCAAAUGACAACAGCGACGACCCUGGCCACGAUGCUGAGACAGAUUCAUGCGACUGGAGCUAUGUUCAGGAGUGGCGACGUGCCGCAUGCAGACGACGACCCACUGGGAAUUUGCCACCAAACUUUGGACCCCAACAGUUACCCAGUCAGAUCAGUGGGUUGCCACCAGUGCCACCCCAGCAACUGCAGCAGCAGCAGCAGCAGAAUCUAUCUGUUGGUGCUCCGGGUCAUGGUUUGGCAGUGGCAAUGGCCACACCAGCACCACGAGUCUUUAAGGAGCUGGCUCAACAGCCUAGCAACAACAACAACAACAACAAUAGUAGCAAUAACAAGGGAUUGGGAACGGGAUUGAGUGGGGGUAUUGGUGUGAUUGGUUCGCCACACAAUAAACCAUUACUGACCAGUCCAAGUCUCAUUGCUGGCGCUCCUCUGCAAAUGACUCCCGCUGUGGCCAAAGCUGUUAUACCCCAACGGGCAGUGGCUGGGCCAGCACGUCUAACGGUACAGAGCACACCGGUGAAAUCUCAGCCACCACAAUUAAGCGGCAGUUUGAGUCAUUCAUCACCUGGGCAUGGUCGCCCACCCACUCUGGGCAUACCGACAGCAGGGACGACAAGUGGGCCAACUGCCUCACGGACGCAUCAGCAUGAUCAACAAUUUCGGGCACUGCACCGAGUGCAGGAGUGUCACAGUUCCUCGGACGAGAAUCGCAGCUCGGGUCAUGCCAGCAUGUCGGAUACGGGUGGGCAUAGCUCAUCCCCGGCGGGUGGCAUGACAUUGGGUCCCCUGCCCGAAGAUCGUUUGGCUGCCGGUGUGACCAAUCGGAGUACACGAUCGCGUCGACAUCGUGGCAUUGGCGGUAAGGCCCCCUGGACAGGCACUGGACUGGAGGACAUCAAAUUGGCCAUGUUAACCCUGCGAUCGCAGACGAGUAGCAGUACCUACAGCAGUCUAAGUGCUGGCUCAGAGAGCUCAGAGCCAGCCAGACGAUUGGGCCGCUACUCAUCCCUGGAAACGGUGAUCACCAGCACCAGUGCCGAUGAGUUUGUGUGGGUGGACUCGCACAAUCGUCUGGUGGAGCUUCAGCAUCCCCCAUGGAGUCAACAGUGCAUCAUGCGGGUCCUGCGGAAUGGUCGAUGCAAGCAACAGGCCGAGCACAUAGCUGUGGAGGUCAUCUCGCGACUGGGCUAUCUUCUGCAGAGAGCUCUGGUCAGGAUUGCCCGGGAGAUUCAACGCUUCUCAUCGGGUUUGGGUCUCUGCUCUAAGCAGGAAGUUGCCGGUGCCUUCAAAGUGGUUCUCUGCUCCAGUUUGGCUGAUUCCUGCACAAAGGCCUGCCUCCGAUCGGCCGCCAUGUUCGCUGUGCCCGGCGAAAGUGCCCUCAAGCAGAGCAAAUCCUCACGUGCCGGCCUCCAGUUGUCCGUGGGACGUUUCUAUCGCUGGAUGACAGAUGCUCGGCUCGGCAAAUUCAUUCAUGAAUAUGCCGCCGUCUAUCUGUGCGCUGGCAUUGAGAAUCUUCUCGAGGAGAUUAUGCUGCAGUGCAGCAAUGGCAGCACAGCAGCGGCUCUCGAUCAGAGCAUAGCCAAUUCUGGCGAUAUUUGGGGUCUGCUGCAGCCAUUUGCCCAUCUAAAUGCUGGACGUGUAGCUUCUGGAGCGCUGACCAUGCCCCGUUGGGCCAGUGCCUCCUCGCUGGCCACUUGUGUGGGCAGCAUACGAGAGCUUAAGGAGAAGGCUUUGCGCACUCAGCAAGAGUUCCAAUUGUCCGCCGCCCUCUCGGGAUCAGCCCUGGCUGCUCUCUUCUAUUUCAUGCGCUGCUCUCAGCUGGAGCACACGGAAAUUAUGGCCACCCAGAGUACAACUCCGGGUCAGGCUCCUGCCUCCCAUGGGCCAGCCAAUUCCCAUUCGGGUUCGCAUGUCCAGGAAUUGUGCUAUGAACGUGCCUAUGUGGUCCUCCCACCCCUUGCCGAAUGGUUGCGCGUGGCCUCGGCCCAUGCGGAACAUCGAAGUGCCUUAAUGAUCGACAAGGAUGAUGUAAUGCAGGCGGCACGUCUCUUACUCCCCGGUGUCGAUUGUCCCAUACGUCCGGUGGCCCACGACGAAGAGCUGCCCACCAAGAAGACCCACUUCAAUACGCCAAGCAGUUCGAAUGGCUCCAAUGGCACAGGCACCAGCAGCAGCUGUAGUAGCUCACCCAUUGUCAACAGCAGCAUGAGCAUUGCCGAAGACACCUCCGAAUGGGGACGUCGUGCCACCAUCGGUGUGGCCUUCAAGCUCCUUCUGACUGGCCGUGCCGAGUUGCUGGCCCAAGCUGCCCAGCUCCUGCCACCCACGACUCGUUAUGAUACACAAAACAGCGCCGGUUUGACUGCUCUGAUGAUUGCAAGCAUUCGCAAUGAUGAAGUCGCUCUUCAUGCCCUACUCGAUGCCGGUUGUGAUCCAAACAUUGAAGUUCCCGCUGCUGGCAGUGCCGGCUAUCCAGCCAUUCAAUCGGAUACCCAACACUGGACAGCCUUGAGUUUUGCGGCCAGUCGUGCCAAUUAUGUGGCCCUGCGCAUUCUGCUCGAACGUGGCGGCAAAGUUGAGGGUGGAGCUCGCUCCAGCGAAGAGAAAUGUACCCUGACUCCCUUACAAUUGGCCGCUGGCACUGGCAACUUGGAGAUCGUGGCCCUUCUGCUGGCCCAUGGGGCCAAUGGUUUUCUAUCCACACAGCAAAAGGAUUCACUGUGCUUUGCCGGCUCAGCCCAGAAGGGUUGCUUCUGUGCUAUCUCCGUUGCUGCUGCCCAUGGCCAUCGUUCGUGCUUACGCAAAAUGUUGGCACAUCCCGUCUCGCCGGGCACUCGGGAUGUUCUAUCGCUUGAGGAAAUGCUUGCCGAGGGCGAUGUGGGUGGUGUUCGGGGCGGAGGCGGAGGUGCUUCUAUCAAUGCUGCCAAUUCAUCAAAUGCAAAUGGCACCAAUGAGGAUCUCUUGCCGUUGUUAAAUAAGACACAAAUUAAGAGACUGCAGGAAGCCAUGUAUCAUAGUGCUGAAAAUAAUCAUUUGGACAUAACAAUUGAAUUGCGCAAACUGGGCGUACCCUGGACCCUUCAUUGCUGGAUGCAUGCUCUGUCGGCUGCCCAUGAACUGAGAUUGGAUGCGGUUAUCGAUCAAUUGCUGCAGGAUUUCCUGCAAGUCUGCCCCGAUGAUUAUAGUGCACAAUUUGUUAGCGAAUGUCUGCCAUUGUUAUUCAAUAUAUUUCGUAAUAAAAAUGAGGGUACCACUUUGCUAUUGGCUGAUAUAUUUGCCACCUGCUUUGGCUGGGAGACCCUAAUGCCGCUGAAGGAGCAACCACAAUUGCAACCGGUUCAGGGUUCACGUAUUGAUCCCAAAUUUGUGAACAAUCCAGAGCUAAGUGAUGUGACAUUCAGGGUUGAGGGCAAAAUCUUUUAUGGCCAUAAAAUUGUUUUGGUCACUGCCUCGCCACGUUUCCAGAGCAUGCUGAGUUCGAAACUAAGUGAUGCCAACUCAACGCCAACAGUUCAGAUCAAUGAUAUACGCUAUCAUAUAUUCCAAUUGGUUAUGCAAUAUCUAUAUAGUGGUGGAUGCGGUUCUUUGGAUGUUACCCAUGGCGAUGUUCUCGAAUUGAUGGCAGCCGCAAGUUUCUUUCAACUGGAGGGACUGUUACGCUACACAGAGGCACGGUGUUCCGAAAUGGUCGAUGUGGACAAUGUGGUGGCCAUGUAUAUACAUGCUAAGGUCUACAAUGCCCAUCAUUUGUUGGAGUAUUGUCAGUGUUUUCUACUUCAGAAUAUGGUUGCCCUUCUUACCUAUGAUGAUUCGGUUAAGCGUUUAUUAUUUGCCAAGAAGAUACCAAAUCAUGAUGUCCUUGCCGGUCUCUUGCAGACCCUACAGACGCGUCUCAAGACCCGGAAACCCAAUGCCAACUCCUAUCGUUCACCGCCGGCCACGCCCGUGAAAAAAUAAUAGUUAGAGCGUUAGAGAAAAUCGUUUCAUAUUUAUUGCAUUGUUUUAAUCAUAAUCAUUGAGCUUGUAUUAUAUAAUACUUAUAUACAUAUAUAUAUAAAAUGAUUGAUAAAUCAAAA